AUGGCGGACGGAGGAGCAGCGAGUCAAGAUGAGAGUUCAGGACCAGGUAAUGAUUACAGCAUUUUACAUAUUCAUACUCAUAUUCAAACUGUGUAGCUCACAAUUUAUGAUAAACGGAAUACAGACGAAACGCAGACUGACUAAGAGAUGAGGAUGAACCCGGGUGUUGUUGUAGUUUAGACACAGAAAGCCAACAGUAAUUUGACAGAGGAGGAAACGAGCUAUUGCAGUGCGACGGCAAAUUACAUGGAAACAUGCCUCCCCCCUUUGUGUGAUUAGACGGCUGUACGCCGCUACAUAUUCAUACCUCUGUCGACAAAUACAGUUUAGCAUAUUUUAUUAGUAAUCGCCGACGUGCCUCCACUUCUUAGAUGACAUAUUUAGAUAUUUCGCUGAGGCAGUUUGAUUGAAAUGAGGAUGCUAACACGCUAGCGUUAGCUGGGCUGCUAACGCUUGGCUUUGUGUUGAUGCACACAGUGAAGCCUUUGAAAGAGGUUUGCAUAUUCAUUUUUCAGCGAGCCGGGCAGAGGCUGUGCUUCUCUCUUUUACGAGCUGUUUAAGGGAAAUAUAUAUAAAUGUAGCGAACAUGGUCCUUGUUUACUAACACAUUGUCACCUCGGUUUCCUUGGGCUCGACGCGGUUUUUAUAGUAGAGCGUUUUCCCCUCAGCCUUUUGUGCUCGGCGCAGUGGAGUCACAGCAGCAGCAGCCUGUUGUGUUAUUCAUGCGGGCCUGCUUGAACCAGAGUGCGGAGUUCAGCAUAUUCCAGCAACCGAGACUGGAGCUCGUCCUGCGCGGCACAAUAACCGCACGUAAACGCAAUACUUUGUCGUCUUUACACAUUUUAGGCGUUUCUUUCUCGGGGGGCUAACCGGCUAACCUUACCGUUCCCGUACUUGGAUGAGUUUUUCAGGUGAUAAUAUUAAAUUCGCGGAGACUGAGCUGGAACAGAUUCAACGGUAAAUAACCGUUGAAGAUGUAGGUGUCGGUGAUGUGUUUACGGUGUUUCUCGAAAGAGCCGUUGUUUUAAACUUAAACGACGGUGUCAAUGAAGUUGGACCGAGCACUUUCUUGGGAGUAUUAGUGGAAAAGUAAUCUGUUAAUCCAUCUCAAUCGAACAUUUAACACAUUCAAACAACUUUUUAAUUUCCCUCCGAAUGAGCAGAGGUAAAAUCUCGUUUUCUAUUUGCAGUUUCGUCGUUGUUGUGGGAGUUUAGACUGAGUCUGUCUGUGCUGAAUACAAAGAUUGUACCUGUGUAUCCCCCCCGGGCACAGGGAGGGGUGGUGAGGCCCACUUCCUGAAGGCCACAAUAAUAACAGGCAGGACAUUCUUACUAUUCACUCCACCGGUUUCAUGGCUGGGCAAGACACAGCAUGAUGGCACUUUUUUCCCCCUCAAAGUGCAUCUCUUUAGUUUGUGUAAAGGAGUCCAAAGCGUAGUGUGUAACUGUAUCACAAUUCUGCUAUUGAUGGGCUGCAUUAUUUUGAUGCUGAAGUUUUAACUUUACAAGCUUUCUGGGCCCCACUUUUACCAACUGUGAAAAAAAUAACAGUGAGUUAAUUGAUAAGUAUACUUGAUAAUAAUUUUCUACCGUUUAAUAAAUCCAUUCAAAAUAGUGUGUGAAUUUUAUGAGAGGAACAAACAAUAAAUCUUCAAUACCAACUCAGGACUUUGUGUUCUUCUCUCCUCUAUGACUGUUAAUGAACAAUCUUAAGCUUGUAAGCAAAACAGGCAUUUAAUGACACCCCACCCACCCCUACCCCCGGGUUUUGGUUUACAGAUCACCAUUUUUCAUCAUUAGGUACCUAACAAGUUAAUGAAUCACCUCAAGAAAUAAAAGUUUGUUUCAGCCUCAUGAGGAAAUGCAUUUUGCUGAGACUAUAUUGCUAUUUAUUGAAGUCUUUGCAGCGAUAAUGUGAGCUAUAUGGACAAGCUUCAGACACAUCCCUUCUGUUACAAGCUAAAACUCCAUUGUGAUUGUAACUGUAGAUUUGUGUUUUUUUUUCUUCUUGUUUUUCUUUAUACAAAUGAAAUUCAACUAUGUCUCCCGGGCCCUCCAUGGGAUCUUGAUUGUGUUCAUUGCACAAAAUUGGUACCAUACCAGCAGCCUUACUGAAAGAAUCAUUGGGGUACCUGUGAUAAAUACAGUAUCAUAGAUUAGGUUUGAACUUCUUUGUUGUCGUUGUUGUUGCCUUUGUUAUGAAGGCAGACACAAAGGUGUCAGAGUUCCUGUGUGUAACCAUCAUUGUUGUGGGGAAAGAUAUCCAAUGACUGUCCUCGUAAAAAUGCUGGCACUGAUUGAUUUUAGUGCAUUUGCAUCCCAAAAAAUACAAUGUGAUGUAUUGUAGGAGAUUCCAAGCUCGGAGAGUGGACUAUUUGUUAAGUCUCAUUUGGCAAAAUUAUGACAAAGUAUGGAAAUAGACUUGCCUAGCUUAAAAUAUAUAAUCAACUUAUUAAACAGGGCAACUUAAAUGACAGAUGAGAAGUACUUCUGUCAUCCCCACACUUAGGCUACUUUUCUGGUUUAAUUAGUUUUACAGUUCCACCCUCAUUCCAGCCUUGUAGUUCUAUCAUGAAUAUUCAUUGGUGUAAACACAGUUGUUAUGAAUAAUGCAUAAUUUGCAGUAAUACAUUCAGGACAUGCCAUCUCAAAGCACUGAAAGGGCCUCCAUGAAGGCUGCAGUCAGACAAGAUUUUUUUAUUUUUACUGUGGAGGAGGAAAAUCAUAAGUAACCAGAGCUGUGUGCUGUGUCCAAAACAGAGAAUUGUUUCUGUUGAUCUGUAGCAUGACUAAACAGUGAAAGGCAAAGAAGCCUAAGUGGGAUCAAAGCAAUGUAAAGAUGACAUUUCUCUUUGUUAAAAAGAGGUUCCCUAAAACAAAACAAGUCCAGGUUCACUGAAAAUCUGGAGAAGUCAUUUUUUUAGAGGUGAAGAAAGGAUCCCCAGAGAUGGCCACUGCAUGGAAACAUCAAGCAGCAGAUGAUUGGCGGUAUAUCUAGAUGUUGUUACAGUUGGUGUGUUGUCACAGAGAACUCUCAGUUUUCUGCAGCUUUUAUCACAUAUAGAAGAUAUUUGCCUGAAUUUAAAGGUUUUUAUGUUUAGGUACACUUAAUUACAACCCACAUCUUUCAUAAGAAAUACUCCAAUCAAAUGAGAGCUUUCUUAAGGGUCGUGUGAUGUGCCAAAACACUACCAUUGUAAUAAUUUCACUGACUACAUGACUAUCUUUAGGUAAUGUUAAAUUCAAUAACACUCCUAGUUUGAAGAACAUCUUGGAACUUGCAGAAGCAGAACUUGCCCUGAAGUUUUUGACGACCUUGUUCUUUCCUUUGUGGUUGCAGACAGUCAAAACAAACUUGAAAACAUUAAAAAAAAGCAAUAAAAUUUAAAAAUCAGUGUCUAUCAGAUAUUUUCUGGUGGAUGCAGGCAUGCAGCUAGUAUUGGGGGCUGUGAGCUGAGCUGCCGCUAACAUCCACAUUGUCAGUAUCAUGGUACUUCCCACACCCAACUAUUGUUUCAUCAUUGAGAGGUUGCACCUUGGAUAUGCUAUUUGUCUUUGGCAUAAAACAUUGGCUUUCAUUAUCAACAGUUAAAAUAUUACUUGUUAGAAGUGAGUGUGCACUCCAGCGUGUAAUUCACAUGAAAGCAAAAACAAACAAACCACCACCUGCAGCUCAUCUGACUGUUGUUGUAUCUGCUGCAUAAUAGGCUUUUUGAUCUAUCAAUUUCAAGCACAUGUCUGAAGUUUAUUUUUGUGUUGUUCUCUAUUGAGAGCUUUUAAUCACCAAGCCCUACUUUGCAGAGCACAGCCAGGAUCGCUGGUGAAAUCUGUUAAGUGCAUUGCUUCAUUCCUGUAAAAGAGCAAAGACACACCACAUAGAUAAUCCACAGUUAUGGCUUAAAGCAGGUAGUCUUUUACUCUUCCUCUUUAUCCAGUAGUCAUCCUCAGCACCCCUUGGAAACUUCACUUUAAUUUACUUGGAUUGAGUUUCCGACUUAGCCUAUAGACGGCUUGCUAAUGACCACCCAAGAGAUCCAGACCACAGCAGCUCAGAGUGGUGUUAGCCUCAUUACUGCUCAUCAAGUUACACUUUGUCCUGUAUUAGGUUCGUUUGGUGGGUUAAGUUUGUACUGUAGGUUGUCAGAUUCUGGUGUUUUUUUUACAAGAACUAAAAGCUGUUUUAAACUGUUUAGACACUUGGGUUGAAUACAUUUUAAAGCUGUAGGUUGUUUGCUAAUUAUUUCCUUUAAAUUGGAAGAUUAUCUGUCAUGACCAUACAUCUUGUCAGCUACAAAACCUCCUUUGUGCCGCCACUCUUCCAGAUUAGGAAAAGUGGUCCUGAUGUAUUCUGUGUUUAUGACGGAGGAUAUAGAUAGCAGGGCAGAAUGUGGAUGUGCUAAUUAAGUUUAGCUCCGUCUCAUGUUGAAUCUCCGCGCUCACAUUAACGUCUCUGCAGUAUUCAGCCUGCCUUUCCAUAAUACAGUGCUAAUGAGGCACCUAUUUAAAAUUCUCUUUGCAGGAUAUUUGUAUAAUGCAUUGUUCCGCAGCCGAGGUUUGCAAACCAUUUAUCCAUGUAACUGUACAUGUGUUAAAGUGCACCGCUGAUGACUGCCUUUGCAUUCGCUUCUGCCUUGUUUUCUCAUUUGUGUGCAUGAUUUGAUUGCUGAAAAAGUUCGAAAAGACAGACUGCUGUGAGAUUUGUUACGGUAGAGUGACAUCUGUAGAAGUCAUAGUUGCCCUCUUGGUAAACAGAGGGCUGAAAUCAGUUGUUGAAUUGGAUUGCAUAUGACAUUGUUGGGCAGUGAUAAACUUUCUUACAACUGUUUAUUCAGAAAGAUGAGGCUGCUUAUGUUUUUCGUUAAUUAUGAUAUCUAAACAACUCACCUUUCAAAAAUAUCUUACUGUUAAGGUCCUUACACACCGGGGCCGACGCGAAUAUAGAACAGAAAAUUACGAAAUAAUGGGAGGAGAAUUUUGACGCGCCUGACUAUACACAUGAAACCCAAUGCGAUUUUGCGACUUUCCGGGGGCGAAAAGACGCAUCCCGGGGAAAGUCCAGCCUCCUUCGCCUCUGAUUGGCUAGAAAAGCUGGAAACGUCAUCACACACUCAAGCCAAGUGGUCAGCACUUAUAGCCAAUCAGAGGCGAUAAGAUAAGCACAUGAAACUAUUGUAACCACUGUCAGCUUACGUUAGCACAGAUGAAAGUUAAAACAGAGACGUUUAGCAAACUGUUAAAGCACACAAACCAUCAUCAUAUGAGAGAUCCAACGCUAUGACUCUCCACAAGUUGUUAUCUUUGUAUUGUUUGUGUCUUUUAUCAUAAAGCACUCUGUUCUCCAACACGUAAACAAUCAGCUGGUCGGCCAUGUUGGAUAUACCGGUAAAUCUGACGUUGCAACAACACGCAAUCUGAUCUGUCAGAAGGUGACCCACAGAAUGAUCCAAAAAAAUAAAAGCCGCAAUAUCACAGGACGGGAAAAUGUCGCUGAUGUGAAUGCUUAUAUUGACAGGAUACGGGUUCGAAAAAAAAUAUUGAUGUCCGAAAUAAUCGCACGACAAAAAUGGUCCUGGUGUGAAAGUACCUUUAGCAGACAUUAAAAUAGGACAAAAGAUUGGCUCUAUUGCAGUGACCCUUUAGGGGCUUUUUGGUUUCGGUCAUUACCAAAUAUCGAUCUGAUAAUAGUGUUUGAUUAAUACGCUGUUUGCCUCUGGUGCCGAAUAGACUGGAUUCUUUUUGUUUUUGUAAAGAAACAUUGGAGUUGACCUAAACAUUGCUUUCCACAGUUAUAUAUACAAAAGAGAAAAAAAAAUCGCUGAUGCUGCAAGUUGGAUAGAACUUUCUUCGCAGAGCGAGAAAAGCCUCAAAACAGCCAACGCUGAAUCUGAAGCUCCCCAUGUGUGGGCAGAGUAGUGCUCUUCUUUUUCCUUUAAGCAAAUCGUCUGUCUGAUGCCUCAGACCCGUGAUUUUGCACUGAGUACAGUGUAUAGCGGUGAACAUACAGCUGAAUCAAUCUGCUCCAUUUCUAAUGAUACCUUAUCUAGCUUUUGGUCUAUAAUUUGGACUGAAUGAGUAUAUUGAGUCUAUUUUUUUAAUCACCCUCAUCAAAAUUGUACAAGUAAAAAUCCCCUAGCGUAGGCUUUACCUCACAUCCACCUGAAACACUUAAAAAACACACAGAAUCCCCGAAGUGUUGAGUAAAUGGAACUGCGAGUCAAGCUAGGAGAAGAAGACAAAAUCUUCUAACACUCUAAUCAAUCAAAAAAAGGAUUUUUAUCAUAUCCGUUUAAUAAUUAGAGAAAGUCGGAGCUACGUUUUUCGCUUAAGGAAGAAAACUCAUUUUUGUGGAUGUAACUUGGGAGUGUCAGGUUGUUAGUCAUGGCUGCACACAACAGUUAGUGACUGUAUACUUGGCUCUGAUGUCCUCACGAUGCUGAUGUAGGCCUACUCUAUCACAUUAAUGCCAUUACACUCUUCUCGAAUUGCAGUCUGCGUCUAUGUAAAUACUUUAAUCUGGCAGCAGCCUAGGUGAAGACAUUAAUUGAAGCUUUAUCCAGGAGCAGAAGCCCAUUCCUUGUAAGACUACAAUACAACCAUGUAUUCCAGUCCAGUCCUCCCAGAUACACCAGACACCAGCGCAGAAACAUAGCAGGGUCUUUUCUCUGCGGUAAAGAGUCUGUCAGCCUGCUGGAAAUGAAUUUUAAAAAGCCCCAAAAUGAAAUACUAAUGGAAUGUAAAGCUAAUCUAAAUAUGCUAAUCCCUAAACACUUCAUAAACAUAGACAGCAACAGCCCGCCACCCACUCUCCGUGCUCGCUGGCUGUGGAAUGCAGUAGCCACAGGGGGUCCCGCAGUAAUGACAGCUUGUGGUGGAUUAAUGUGGAGUUAUUUAUUUCCGAUUGAGCGAGUCCCCCUCCCUCUUACACCCAAGACCCCCCCUCCACACCCCCCUUCUCCUUUUUAGCAGUUAGACCAGGUCCCCAUGACUCCUGGAGAAACUCCGAAUGAGCAGUCUUAGACGUCCCAUUAAUGCAGUCCGCCUUGCUUACAUGCCCAGACCACCGCCGACAGGCCUCACAUUGCAUUCUGGGAUAUCUUCAGCCCCUUACCUGCUCUUAGCUAAUUACUUUUUAGCCGUGCACUGGCACAAUAAUUGGUCUUGUGCUGCUGCCUCUCCUCCCUGUGCUGCGCCAAGUGCUAGUUUGAGCACUUUUUUUCCCCACUUCUCUGUGUCGUCCUUAUUCCCCUGUUUUUUAUCGUCCUCCAAAAGCCAUCCAAUUAAUAUGCUAAUGAGCUGAUAAAUAUUUAUAGGGGUUUAAAUUAUGCAGAAAGCUUUCAGAGCCCGGUGUGAAAUGCGUCGCUCGCAGGACUUCAAAGCCUUGCAUUGCUAACGAGGCAGGGGCAGAUUUGCAUACGGCUUUAAUCAGCUGAAUACUGAUUACGCUUCAUUAUAGAGUUGUAGGGAGGGGAGCCGAGUUAGAGGAGGCCGCCAGCUGCACUUGUCGUUUGUUUCAUUCCAGCUAGAGAGGGAGAGGUCGAACUUUUUCAGAAGUACAGACAAUCUUGGCACACAGGAGAGAGAGAGAGAGAGAGGGGAGAAGAGAGAGAGAGCAAAGUAGGCACUGUAAGAGAGAGAGAGAGUGCAGCACUAUAAGAAAAGAAAAGAGUGCCGAGAGAAAGAGAAGGAGAGCUGUUUGUCUAAACCCUGUUGGCUUUCCCAGUGUGCGUUUCCCAGUGUUGCUCAGUGAACCGUAUGCCGGACAGUGCCGCUGUGUCUGCGUGUGUGUAGCUCCGCUUGUAUUGAACUCUGCUCACUGCUGACCAGUGGAGAGUGAAGAGAGGGAGGAGCAGGGUGGAGGAAGAGGAGUGCCGGACACCCUGUUGGAGGGUUUGCCCUGGCAGCGGCAGGUUACUAUGAUAGGCUCCACGGCCAUGCUGGAAAACACAGGUGGAGCAGGAGCAGGUAAGUUUUUUUGGUGACGGGGUUGAUCCGACGCUGCUCGGCAUCCCUGUUUAUCCUUGAUGAAGACGACUCGUGCGGGUUUAUUUUUGUAACGAGACACCAGUUGUUACGUCUCUUUGUCUUCCAGCCUUUUACUCUACGCAAAGUUGGCUUGUGUUGGUGGUUAAUUUCACAUAGGUUUACUGUUUGCUGCUUUGUGUGGUAAAUGUGACAGGCAGAACACCUUUUAACUAUGCAAAACACUCAGGUGACGAGAGUGCGUUGAUCCCUCCUCCUCCUCAUCACCUUCUUUGUGGGUUUGGGUUGUGAAUGCUUUUAUCGGACCCAGGUGUGAGUUCCUCUCAUUGUCUGUCUCUGUCUGGCUCUUCCAGAUGCUAAAGUGAAUAAUCAGUCAGAAACUACUAAAUGUGCAAUGGAAAGUGGUGACGGGAACACCGGUGAGUGGCUUGCAGCUCUUUUUUUUUUGUUUUGUUUGUUUUUUAUUAACUGGAAUGAAAUCUCAACAUUCUGAGUUUUCCCUCCUGAUUCAACAGGUUUCUAAAUUCAUAGUCAGAGAUAAAGCUCACUACAACACCGUCCACCUUUUUUUCUAUUUGGAUUCAUUAAGAGAAAAAAGAAAUCAUGGCAGCUUUCCAAAUCUUAGCGAGCGAUCCUCUUUGCCAAAUGAAGUGUUUACCUCACAGAGCAAUCCCCCCUCACUUGUUCAGAUUUAAUAUCAGAGUAAUUCGCUCUGUGUCGGUGCUUCAGUGACUCUGUGAUACCAAUUAUCUAACUCAGAAUGAACAUAACAGAUUGGAUACUCAGCUUUGUAUUCCUGUUGUGUAAUGAUGAGCUGAGUAAAUAUUAAUGUCUGCUUCCAAUUUUUGUGUAAGUCCGUGUUGUUAAUAAUUAAUUUUGUGAUGAUUCACCAGCCUGCUCUCGAACACAUUCAUGCUGCAGAGUCAAAACCAGCACGCUUAUCUAUGAUGCGACCUUUAAUCACAUGUUUUGCAGCUUUUAACUGUAUUUUCUGCCUCAUAAAAUAACCGGUUUACUUUUAGUUGCUGGUGUUAUGUUUCUCUUUUUCUGCGUGUUUCAUCUCCUAAAAAGUAGAUAAUGUUGUUGAUUAUAAAUCUCCGAGCUGGUUUCAUGAUCCGUCUCUCUGUCUUUAGGAAUCCAAACCAAUGGAUUGGACUUUCAAAGGCAGACGGUGCCAACCACAAGUGCAAUCACCAAUGCACAUGCACAAGCCCUCCUCCAACAGGUAAAGUGCGAUGAACACUCGUCCCACAUCUUUCAACUUCUCUCCUCCUCUUUCAUUCAUGUGAAGAAAACAUGUUUUUUCAGCCUUUUCAAACAGCCCAAGUGUGGCAUAACAAUAAUAAAGGUGAAGUUUAAACUGAAAGGUACGCUUUUCCUGCACUCACACAUGCGCUAGCAGAAAGAGCUCAUUUAAAUGAGCCAGGCUCUCCUUGUGUCGCCUGGCAACACGGCAGAUUAAUCAACCCUGUAUGCUAAUUAGCUGCUCUGCGGUUGCUCGGAAACAGAUGGCCGAGAAUAUGCAAAUCUAUGCAGAAUUUACAUGCACUGCAUAACAGUUAUUUUAAUUAGCAUCUCAACUCUUCCCUCCCUUUCCAUUCACUCCCCUUGUCUCUGAAGGCUGCAGCACAAUUUUAAAAACCCACUUUCUCGAUUCCUUUUAAAUUCAAAUUCCUCUCCCCCGUUUCAAGACUGAAGGCUCACUUUUCAGGAAGCAGCCAAAGUUGCACAGAGACGUCAUAUUUCAGUGUAUUUUUACUGCUGUGCCUUUUUUCUAGACUUCUCCUUUAUGUCUAAAUUAGGUAUCUCUUUUUUUUUUUAAAGCUAAUAAAUUUAUUCAGCUUGAAAUCACUUGACCAGGUUUACCUUCUACUUUUAACCUGCUCAGUAUUACCUGUAGGAAGUUGUCCUCUAAGCCCCCCAUCCUCCUCCUUUUUGCUUCACCUCCACUAGUCUAAGUCGGAAGACUCGAGUGCUCUUCCCACCUCCGCCCAGCAGAGCGUUUUGCCUCAGACCCAGCUAAUGUUGGCAGGAGGACAGAUUGCUGGAGUAAGUGGCCUGUUGCCUCAUUGCUAUGAAUCAAACCCUUAUCACCGUCAUGCAUCUGGGGUGACACAUCAGCACUUUGAAGCCUCAGAGUUUGGGUGAUGCAGUGAUCGCUUGCUUUGACUGUAGCCGAGGCUGGUGUCUCUUCUGCCUGUCUGCCUGUUUGUCAUCGUGGUGGUCCAGCUAUGUCCAUAAUCCUCCAUGGCAGAAUAUGGAGGGAUGUUUCUGGACAUAGUCUUGAUCUGUCUCUCCACUCAUGUCGGGGCCGACCACAGACACAUUUCAUCUUCAUUCAUUUUUCCUGAGCGCAUACUGUAGUGAAGAUGACGGGUCGGGUUUAACGCGGCUGUCGGGAUUCAGUGUUUACCAUGCAUGUGGAUCUGAGUUUGAACAUGACAUCAACAUGCCCAUUUGCACUUGUGCCUGGCUCAGCUGCAUGAGUCUUUUCUCCAUUUGUCUGCCUGGGCGCAUUUUAGUGUUGCCACGGUAAAGAAAGCCUCGAAGCUUACUUUGAUACUAAAAAAAAAAUUAGGAAACCACGAGAACAAAAAGGUACCUAAAAAGUCAGUACUUGAGCCAAAUGACGUCUUCAGCUUCAGCUGUGAAGUAUCUUCAUACAUGGAGAUAAUAAAAUUCAAUAUGAACAAGAGCUAUGAUCACGUUAAUGACAGUACUGAAGCAAAAUCUGCAUCAUAUAAUACUUUAUACUCAGGAAAAGAGAGUUUUAGCCAACAUGUCAAGAAGACUAUUGUCUAAAAUAGUGGUUUUAUAUGUGCUAUAUUCCCAAUGAUGUUGAAGCCUCGCAGCUUAAGUACUGUGACAACACUAACAUGUCCAACCUCAAUGAUACGAUCAGAGCUGGCUGCUAAAUACAUCCUAUUUUUCUUUUAAAAUCAUAUUUCAAGGUAUGGUUUCAUUGGCAUUCAUCAUCUUCCCUUCUCAUAUAUUUCAAAAACAUGGAGGUUCUGUGCUCCAAAGUCCCAACAUCAGAGCUUUUGUGCCUGAUUAUGAGUAGGUAUAAUGUCAAGUGCCAAUAGAAGAGUUUGCUUCUUAAAUUUAGUCUUCUCAGUCGCCUUGAAGUAGUUUAGUUUUGUCAGACCAACCGUGAAGAUCUACGGUCCGUUGUAAAUUUUGUCAGCUGAACUACAGUUGAUCAUUCAUUUAGAUAUUUGUUGCAGCACCCACAACAGUAGAGCACCGCUCACAGAGACAUGAAUGUGAGACAGCAGCGGUAUACACAUGAACGCCAACAGAACCAGAAAUGAAAACAAAUAGAUAUUAACUGAAGUGUGACAAAAUAAGACUUAAUUUUUCCUCUCAUGGCCUGGCCCUCGAGGUAGAAUGAAACAAGUUUGUACUUUUAUUGCUGUCUUUAUGUUCCCCUCUACAUUGUCCCUACAUCUCUCCGUCUCUCUCGUUUUUGGCUCUUCAGUUGACCCUGACCCCAGCGCAUCAGCAGCUGUUGAUCCAGCAGGCCCAGGCUCAGCUCCUGGCUGCGGCUGUGCAGCAUUCAGCCAGCCAGCAGAACAGCACCACCGGGGCCAGCAUCUCAGCCUCCGCAGCCACGCCCAUUACCCAGCUGCCUCUGUCACAGCCCAUCCAGAUCACUCCGGUAAGAUACAGCGCCCUGAGUAGUUAUGUUUUACUCAAAUUUUGACCGAGAAAUCAUUUCCUCUGUGAAUUUUACAGAGCAGCAUCAGGUCUAAGUCAGUUUAACUUGAUUGGAAAAACUCUGGAAAAAAAAACAACGUAUAUUUUUUAAUAAGGAAACACAUUUUUAAAAAAUACUGUAUGUCUUAAAAUUAGGGGCCACAGUCUGUUAUAGAUCAAAGCUUAUUUUUGAAUAAGUGAAUCAAUGUGUGACUGUAGUUAAAUCAAGUGUCGUCCAUUCCUCUCAGCAGCUACAGCAGCAAAAUCUCGGCCUGCCUCAGUUUGUCCUGGUGCAGCCCGGCCACCCGAUUGCCACACCGCUGCAGUCCACCCAGUUCAUCAUCUCACAGGCACCAUCGCAGGCCCAACAGAGUGAGUGUGAAAACAAGCACCUGUUUGAUUUGGUUUGACAUGAGAGAGACUGUUUCCAAAUGUGUUCUUCUGUUUUUUUUAAUCUGAUCUUCAAUGUCUGUCAUUCUGUAGGCAUAUUGCAAGCCCAGAGUCUUCUAACUCAACUACCUCAAAGCCAAGCUAACCUCCUGCCGACUCAACCAAGCAUCACCCUUGCACCUCAGGUUGGUACUGAUCCGAGCACCUCUUUUACCUGACAGGUUUAUCCAAGCUGUAUUUAUGUUAUAAAUCAGGUGUUAGUGAAAAAUCGAAUAGGCUCUUAUGACCACUUAAUGCUGCUAUCAUUUAUUUUUCUAUCAUCUGCAUCUGUUGCCUUUGGAUCUAAUUCUAAUUUCAGCAUUACCUUUUUUUGCAGCCUGCAACACCAACCCGCACAACAACAGCCACACCAAUUCAGACCCUGCCCCACAGUCAGACACCACCCAAACGGUUGGAUACCCCCACUCUGGAGGAGCCCAGUGAUCUGGAGGAACUGGAACAGUUUGCUAAGACCUUCAAACAGAGGCGUAUAAAGCUGGGCUUCACACAGGUGUGAUUAAGAUUGAAAAGACUGAUUUGUAAAUGUGACAGGACUCAGAUUGGUGAUGCAGAGGGGAAUCAAAAGCUCACAGGUGGGGCUUUGUUGCCGGGAAAAUAAACUGUGAUGUGUUAUUUUGUGUUUCUGUGUUCAGGGGGAUGUUGGCCUGGCCAUGGGGAAGCUGUAUGGAAAUGACUUCAGCCAAACUACCAUCUCCCGCUUUGAGGCCUUGAAUCUGAGCUUUAAGAACAUGUGCAAACUCAAGCCAUUGCUGGAGAAGUGGCUCAACGAUGCAGGUUUGUCCCUGAACCUACUAGCCGGCAUGUUUUCUCCUCGUUUCACCACAUCUUUAUUAUAUUAUUACUGUGCAGAUGGCAGCAAAGGUUGUGAGGGUUUGUGUUUUAUUUUUUUUUAGCAGCUUGUCUUUACCUUCCUUCCUUUCUUUCUGUCGGUGCUGUUUGUGCAGAGAACCUGACAUCUGACCAGGCCCUGUCCAGCCCCAGUGCUCUGGGCUCCCCAGGCAUGGGCAUAGAGGGGAUCAACCGCAGACGGAAGAAGAGGACCAGUAUCGAGACCAACAUUCGAGUGGCCUUAGAAAAGAGCUUUCUGGAGGUUAGAAACUCAAAUUUACAAAACUAGACAUUAAGACCAAAGCAGGAGAAUAAAAAAUUUUCUCACUUUAAGUGUGUAAAAGUAAAAUUAGUCAAAUUAAUAAUGGAACAUUUAGGCCCUCGUGGCUUUUUUGGUCACAGAUUGUACUUUGAUCUUAGAAAAUUGCUUAAAAUGGGAGCAUCUCAAGUGCUCAUGGGGAAUCCCUGGCUCUUUUGCCCUCUUCAAGCAGAACCAAAAACCUACCUCUGAAGAGAUCACCAUGAUCGCCGACCAGCUCAACAUGGAGAAGGAGGUGAUCCGGGUCUGGUUCUGCAACCGCCGGCAGAAAGAAAAGAGGAUUAACCCCCCCAGCAGCGGAAACAGCGGAGGAGGAAACACCCCCAUCAAAACCAUCUUUACCCCCAGUAGCCCUUUGGUAAAGACCCACACACUCACAAACACUGAUUCAUCACAGACAGUCUCUUCUGCUCGCCAAACAACUUUUCCAGGAAUUUCAAAGUUACAAUUUUAAAAAGUUGGAAUAAAAUCACCAGUUUUGCAACUGCUGUUAAAAAAAAAAGAUAAAAAAAAAAUAAUAAUAAUGAACGUCAAUAAAAUACAUAGAGGUUAUUUAAAUCUUAAUGUUGGUAUUCUCAUAGAAAGUUGGUCUAAGUUUUAGCCAUGAAUCGGGUAACCGACUUUAAAUGACAGACCCUGCAGGAUCCCUAUUCUUCGGGAAAUCUUAGUCUGUUGCUCAAAACUCUGACUUGUUGACACAUUUUCUGCAGAUAUGGGAAGGUAUAAAAAGUAUUGUCAGAGUUUUUGCAGUCCUCCAGUAUUUGGAAAGCCUUGUUUAUGAGGAGUAAAUUGUUCAGUUGCCCGUCUGUUUCCUAAUAAUUUGUGCAUAAAUUUUACUUGUUUUUCAAGUUCAGCGUGAUUUAGGGAUUUUGUUUUUUUUAAAGCUAUUUAGCCUAACCCCUCCUUAUUCCAUUACCCAGGUGGCCAGCACAGCAAGCCUUGUGAGCAGUCCAACUAUUAACACACCCACCACUCUGACUGUAAACACAGUGAUGCCUCUCACCAGCACCAGCGUCUCCAAUCUGUCUUUCACAGGUGUGUGUUUGUGUGACUGCCUUAAUGAAAGUUUGCAUUCAAUCGUCUGUAAUCAAAGAGUUGAAGGUUAACAUUCCUUUCUCCUCGCUCUCCUCUUCAAGGCACGACAGUCGGAGCCACAAACACGGCAUCCGUUAUCUCCACAGCACCUGUGGUUACCACAGCAACCAGCUCUCCGUCUUUAAGCCCGUCGCCGACAACCAUUCAGUCCACGCAGACAACAGAGAGCAAGGUCGGCACUCAGGCACAAACUAUCAUCAACCAAUCCCCGACAUCACUCGCCACCACCUUAGGGACGGGUCAGGUGAUGGUGGCGGGUCCUGGACUGUCUGCGGCGCUGCAGAGCGCUGCCCAGUUACCCACCAGUGCGAGCUUUGCUGCUAUGGCUGCUGCUGCUGCUGCAGGGCUCAACCCGGGCCUGAUGGCCUCCUCCCAGUUCGCUCCAGGGUCAGUAACACCAUGCUUCUACAAGGCUUUCUGAUUAUUCACCUGUGUUAGUCACUGGGGUCCUUUGUAUUGAUUUAAUGCCUUCGAAUAUGAUUGUCAACAAUUCAUUACGGUGUGUGUUCAGGGGGGCUCUGCUCAAUCUGACUCCUGGCCUUGGCAGUGCACUGAGUCCUGCCCUUAUGAGCAACAGCACCUUGGCCACCAUCCAAGGUGAGUGAAAUAGUUACUGACUCACUUUCUUCUUGUUUUGAUUAUGUAGUGCGAGUCUCUGGAGCCUCGGUUGGUGAUAUUUGCGGAAAUAUUAGAUCAUACGUCUAAAUAUACACACCUCUGUCUCGUUAGCAGCUCUGGCAUCGAGCGGCACAAUCCCCAUCACCUCUCUGGAUGGAAGCAAUCUGCUGUUCGCCAACACCUCUGCCGGUAACACGCCCAACCUGGUGACCACACCGAUCUUCCUGAACCCCCAGAACCUGUCGCUGCUCACUAGCAACCCUGUCAGCCUGAUGUCGGCUGGAGCGGCGGGGCUGCAGGUCACCACUGACGCUCAUCAUCAAGCCACCACGGCCGCCGUGCCUGUGCAAGCCUCGACCAUUACCACUGCCUCCAAGGCACAGUGA